AUGGAUGUCUUCCGAGCGUAUACCUACUCGACAGCGGGAUGGCUUUCGCUGCAGAGUCUGACACUGAUCGCAGGCCCCAGCAUGAUUGUGGCCUUACUGCUAGAUGAGACUCGGCCAGCAUCUGCUAUCGAGAUCUACCUUGCCCGAUGCCUGGGCUUUAGUCUCUUCACCAUUGCCAUCUUGACCAUGAUGCUAACCGGCUCCAUUCCUCUGACAUCCUCAAUUUCCGAACCCAUCACUACCGAGGAGUCGGAUCCGAAAGCGCCCUACGCCCUUCCCACCCUCAUGGUGACUUCUUUCUUCCAUGCCAUAUCUGCUUUCUAUGCGUACACCAGAUAUGUCAUCACGGGACAGGGGUUCUUUGCGGUCGCAGUGGCUGGAGGCUCUGUUCUAGCAUUCAUCGGCCUUUGGUGUGUGCUCUUUGCAAGCAGUGAUGGCAAGAUCAGUCGCAAGACGGGCGCCGAUAAGAGGACUACCGGGUUUCCUUUUGCUAACUCGGAGGCUGCUAAAAAGCAUGCCGGCAAGAAAAAGCUUUGA